AUCGAAGUCGACCACAAGUGGAGCUUACCCCAUUCAAAAGUUCCUUUACGUCAAUUAACCCGAGAUGAGCGGAAUAUCAAUCUUCCUACGAAAGGCAUGGGCGAACGAACCGGUUGUAUGCUUUUCGAUUGUAAUCGGUGCUGUAGGGCUUUCGCUUCCGUGUUUUGUGCCAAAACUAUGGGGUAGAUACCCGGACAAGAUCCAGACCGACGAGCGUUCUGCCAUGACAGAGGCGGCACGCCUGCAGGCACUCGAGCGAUCUGGUCUCCUAUAAGUCAGUUGAUACAAGCCAACUUCGCGGAGAUUGCUGUCGGGUCGUCGCAGUGGCUCCAACACCUAGACACAUCUCAAAGCUUACGGUAAAUUUGUUGCGUGCUUCCUCCGUUAACAUCGUUCCCUUAACAUAGUGAACAAGACAAGAAAGACGGAAAUGAUUGAGAACGUCAAAAGUAACACGACUAGUCGCUGAAGUUUUUCGAGAUCUUGCUUCUCGAGCAUCCGUGCGUUUCGUAUUUCUGUGCAAUCACCAAAGCAGUUGACAUCGCCAAGAUACCGUCAGUACAUCAGUGCACGAGAGGAAGCUUACUCUGCAAUAUCCCUACAGCUGAACGCGAAGUAUCGCAUGCCUUACCCUUCAGCUCUGCUUGGAGUGCAAUGGUCUCCUCCAACAAUGCCAUCAACUCCGGCACAGCCUCUGUCACUCCUCCCAUCUCGGUUUCUGUUGCGCUAGCGACACGGCUACAGACGGUCUUCCACUCAUCUGAUAGCCCCUUGUCUGCGAUACUUGUUUCCACGAGAAGGCAGCUAUUCAAAGCUGCGGAAAGGCUAGAGCUUUGUGGGGAUGUGUGCAGUGCUUGAAGAUUAAAUCUAGAACUGGAUGCAAACAAUCGUUUUCGAAGCCCAGACGAUAAGUCCAUGGGCCUCGUGUGAUUCGCCUCGUCAACAACUGCUGUUCUACUGUACAACAAUAUAACGGCAAGCACCACUAUUCGCACAAACGUGUUCACACGUGUAAAUGAGCUAAAUCAUCAUCUGCAUACUGAUGACUACCACGGGAGCAUCCUAACUCCGGGUAAAG